AUGAAUCAAAUCACAAGAACAUCCAGCCCUACAAAAUGCCUGUUUGUCUUCUUCUUGAUUUCCUUCUACGUUUUUUUCUCGUCAAUUGACACGAUAAGUACGUACUCGUCGGCUUAUAGCUAUGCGUCGAUUUUGCCGCUUCUCGUGGGAUUCCUUCUUGCGAUUUCGAUCGUUUAUGCUGUACGGACAACCACAUUGGCAUGGAUAACUGUGGUGGUGCUCUUGGCUUUUUCCGGCAAGCGCCGCCGGGUUUUGGCGAAGGAGGGAAGUGAAAUCACAUUGGAAGUUGCAAUGUGCUUUGUGAAGGUUGUGGUAAAGGAUAAGGGGCUUGUGGCUUUUGCUUGGGCCACUGUUAUUGGUAUGGCAAUUAUGGCUUGGUUUAGAGUAGCUGAUCAAAUUUCUUAUGUGAUCUGA